GUGACGUCACGGCGCAGCUGACAGCGAUGAAGCGCAAUUGAGUCUCCUCGCGCGAGCCGACACACGCACGCACGCACGCGACGCGCUUAACUCGCCCGACUCGUCGCGCUCGCGCUCCUCUCCGCCGGUUAAAGCGACGGGCCAUGAUCACCUCCACGCCGACGGAGAGCCGCGCCUCCGCCGCGCGCUCCUCCAGGCGCAGCGGCGCGUCUCCGUGCGGCGCCAGCCCCACGCGCCUGACGCGUCUGCAGGAGAAGGAGGACCUGCGGCGGCUCAACGACCGCCUGGCGAACUACAUCGAGCGGGUGCGGCAGCUGGAGAGCGACAAGGGCGCCAUGCAGCUGCUGCUGGAGGAGAAGGAGGAGCACGCGCGCCGGGAGGUCGGGAGCGUGCGCCGCCUCUACGAGACCGAGCUCGCGGACGCGCGCAAGUCGCUGGACGCCACCGCGAACGAGCGCGCGAGGCUCCAGAUCGAGCUGACGCGGCUGACGGAGGAGCACCGGAAACUCUGCGCCAGGAACAGUAAGAAGGAGAGUGAUCUGAGCACGGCGGUGGGUCACUGGAGGAGUCUGGAAGCCGCUCUCAACUCCAAGGAAGCAGACUACACCAACUUACUGGCCACCAACCGGCGGCUGGAGAAUGAGCUUUCUGAGAUCCAGAGUCAAGCGGCCAAUCUGGAGUCUGCGCUCCAGAGCGUGAAGACGCAGCUGAACUCUGAGAUGCUGCGGCGCGUGGACGCUGAGAACCAGCUGCAGACGCUUCAGGAGCAGCUGGACUUCCAGAAGCACCUCGGCGAUCAGGAGCUGCGAGAGAUGCGCAGUCGUCACGAGAGCCGUCUGCUGGAGCUGGACAGCGGCAGACAGAAGGAGUUCGAGGGGAAGCUCGCCGAAGCCAUGAAGCAGCUCCGGCAGGAACACGAGGCUCAGAUCCAGCAGUACAAAGAUGAGCUGGAGAAGACCUUCGCUGCCAAGCUGGAGAACGCCAAGCAGACGGCGGUGAAGAACAGCGACUUCGCGUCUUCCACCAGAGAAGAGCUGGCGGGAACCAAACUCAGGCUGGAGUCCCAGUCCCUUCAGAUCCACAACCUGCAGAAACAGAAUGUGUCUCUGGAGGCCCGUGUUCAGGAGCUGGAGCAGAUGCUGGACCGCGAGCGGCAGAUGAACCAGCAGCGUCUCUCUCAGAAGGAGCAGGAGAUGGCCGACAUGAGGCAGCAGAUGCAGGAGCAGCUGGAGGAGUACCAGAACCUGCUGGACGUCAAGCUCAUGCUGGACAUGGAGAUCAACGCCUACCGCAAGAUGCUGGAGGGAGAGGAGAAGCGGCUGAAUCUGUCGCCGAGUCCGGGCCAGCAGGCGGCGCUCUCUCGAACUCACGCCGAGCCCGUCAGAAAACACUGGGCCAAGAAGCGCAAGCAUGAGGGCACGAGUUCAGGACUGUCCCCCAGCUACAAGCUUUCCCAGCAUUCCUCUUCACGCGGGAGCGUGUCCAUCGACGAGAUCGAUCUGGACGGACGCUACAUCACGCUCAAGAACAACUCCGACAAGGAUCAGUCUCUGGGCGACUGGGUGCUGAGGAAGCGUGAAGCCGAGACUCCUGAGGUUGUCUUCCAGAUCCCAUCUCCAUGUGUGCUAAAUGCGGGUCAGACGUUGACGGUAAGCACGUGAGAUCAGGGCGACUGUGCCGCGGUGAGAUCAGGGUGACUGUUCCCAGGGCGACUGUGCCGUGGUGAGAUCAGGGCGACUGUUCCCAGGGCGACUGUGCCGCGGUGAGAUCAGGGCGACUGUUCUCAGGGCGACUGUGCCGUGGUGAGAUCAGGGUGACUGUGCCGUGGUGAGAUCAGGGCGACUGUGCCGUGGUGAGAUCAGGGUGACUGUUCCCAGGGCGACUGUGCCGCGGUGAGAUCAGGGUGACUGUUCCCAGGGCGACUGUGCCGCGGUGAGAUCAGGGCGA